AAUAUUUCAACAAUCACCAGUGAUUACUUGAUAAACUCGCUGGUAUUACAACAAAGGUCAGGCUUGAAAAAACAAGCCAAAUUAAUUGUCAUUGAGUGAUAAAAUGGCAACGCGAAAGUGUCUCCAAUUGUUAAAAAAUCGACGUUAUUUGCAUACUGGGCCUUAUUUCCCGGGGGCCCAAACAACCUGGACCGAAAAGCUGUCUUUUGUGACCAAGUCGAGUUAUGCCCCUAUCCCCGUGUACCGUGUCAUGGACCGUAAAGGGUCCAUUAUUGACCCCUCAAAUGACCCAAAUCUUCCACAAGAAACUCUUCUAAAAAUGUAUAAAGACAUGAGGACGCUCAACACACUCGAUAAAAUCCUCUAUGAGAGUCAACGUCAAGGUCGCAUCUCUUUUUACAUGACCAACUACGGGGAAGAGGCCAUCCAUGUGGGUAGCGCCGCUGCUUUGGACCUGGAGGACGUCAUUUAUGGGCAAUACCGCGAAGCCGGGGUUUUGGUAUGGCGGGGCUUCGCCCUCCAACAAUUCAUCGAUCAGUGUUACGGAAAUAGGGAUGAUUUGGGGAAGGGGCGCCAAAUGCCGGUCCAUUACGGUGCCAAACACUUGAAUUUUGUGACAAUUUCAAGCCCGUUGAGUACACAGAUGCCGCAAGCUGUGGGGGCUGCCUACGCCCUCAAGGGCACAGGCCGAGUUGUGGUGUGUUAUUACGGUGAUGGGGCGGCGUCCGAGGGGGACGCACAUGCAGCUUUUAAUUUCGCAGCGACUCUUGAAUGUCCCGUGAUACUCUUUUGUCGCAAUAAUGGGUAUGCGAUUUCGACGCCUGUUAAGGACCAGUACCGGGGGGAUGGGGUGGCUGCAAGGGGGCCCGCUUAUGGGAUUCACACAUUGCGAGUCGACGGGAAUGAUAUUUUCGCUGUUUACAAUGCUACCAAACUUGCAAAAAAAUAUUGUUUAGAGGAGAGUAAACCGGUGGUGGUUGAGGCAAUGGCGUAUAGAUUGGGGCACCAUUCAACUUCUGAUGACAGUACGGCGUAUCGAAGUCAAGAAGAAGUUGACCAAUGGGCAACUACUGAUAAUCCAGCCACGAAAAUGAAGAUUUAUUUGAUGAAAAAAGGUUUGUGGAGUGAAGAUGAAGAAAAGAAGUUUUUGAAAGAGACAAGAGAGGCUGUAAUGAAGGCUUUUACACACGGUGAAAAGAAAUUAAAACCGAAUUGGAACGAAUGUUUCAAGGAUGUUUACAAAUUUAUGCCCGAACAUAUCGAGAAACAAAUGAACGAGAUGAAGAAACACGUGGACAAGUACAAGAAACAUUACCCGAUUGACCAAUACGAGGCGUGAUCUGUUUUUUUGCAAUUUAAAUUAAAAUAAAAUAAAAAUAAAUAAAAAAACACCUUAUCUUA